AUGCCGGUGAUGCGAGACGGCGAAGACGCUAUUCCACGCGUGGAGCCGGAGGCGCGGGCGCUCGAGCGGCCGGGGAUUCAGGCGCCGAAUUCGCACCUGAGUGCGAUGCAAUCGGCCCGGGCGGAGCAGCCACCGGGGUAUUAUUUACCUGCCCCCGAGGUGAGUCGAGUGGGCAUGCGAAUGCCAGAGUUCACGCCGACGGAUCCGGAGCUCUGGUUUAACAUCGUCGACCGGGGUUUCCAGGCCGCCGGAAUUACGGUCGACGCGACGAAGUUCGGGUACGCGUUGACUGCCCUCGGACCGCGUUAUACCACCGAAGUGCGCGAUAUAAUUAUGAAUCCGCCCCCGGAGCGCGCGUACGAGACUUUGAAAACCGAGCUUGUUAAGCGACUAAGUCUGUCGCAGGAGCACAAGACUCGGAGGCUCCUUGAACACGAGGAGAUUGGCGAUCGAAAGCCAUCGCAAUUUUUACGCCACCUUCGCGGUCUUGCCGGGAACGUGGUUGGCGACCAGGUGUUGCGGACCAUCUGGUUGAGUCGGUUGCCGGCUCAUCUUCAGCCGCAUUUAGUGACGCGCGCGGCCGAUACGCCCGAACAAUUAGCGGACAUCGCGGAUGCGAUAGUCGAGGCGACCCGUGCGCCGAUAUUUCAAGUGGCGGAGGCGACGAAAUUUGUGACGCCCCAGGGUCAGAGUGCGGUUGACCCCGCGUCCUGGGAAGCGAGGAUGGAAGUACGACUCGCGCAGAUGCGGCUGGCCAUGCAACAAGAGAUGGCGGAGCAGCUGACAGCCAUCCGGCGGUCGAUCGAGGCGAUCGGGAGCGGUCGUUUCGGAGAGGACCGCGAUGACGACCGACGUCGUUCGCGUUCGCGUCCACGCCAGCGUUCGCAUUCGCGCCCGCGAGAGCGAUCAGGAAGCCGUGAUCCGCCGGCCAGUGGAAUCUGCUGGUAUCACUGGCAAUUUGGACCGAGUGCUCGACAAUGCAGGCCGCCCUGCACAAUGCAGUCGGGAAACGCGGGGGCCGGUCGCUAG